UGAUGCUGUAUGCUGUGAAUGCCGUGAUUCUUGCCGUGGUCCUAUUCCACCCACUUGAUGCAGAUGGACAGGCAGUAUACUGCUGGGAAGUGUAGUGGCGGCUGAGCCACACUGGGUAGUAAAUGUGUUCAAUACCAAGCUGGACAGGCUCUACUACGCCGAAUUACACGCAUGCAACGCGUGUUCGUGAGGCAAAUGCUUUUCUACCCAAGGUUUUCACGAUACCCAAACUGGGCUGGGAGUGGCUGGGCUAUCUUGCAUUUCGCCCACAAAUUCGUCACCGUCAUGCUGGCUUCUGUUCCCCAGGUAUAUGGGAGCAGGUGUGUCGCUACUGCGUGGUCGCAUGCUAUUCAUCAACCAUAGUGAUCUGGCUCCACUCUAACCCGACUCACCGCUUCAACCUCUGUCUCCCAACCGAGCAACGUGACCCAACUACGAGGCCAGCAGACCCUCUAGUUCCGGCCAGCCUUCCACAAGCACCAAGAUUGUCGGAAUACAUAUCGCCCACUGCUGCCGCAAACUCGAGGGCCUGUAGUGCAGACCGUGUCAAGUUGACCGCUGCGCCCACCUCGAUCGUUCGUCCACUCUCAUCCCAACACAACUCUCCAACCCGCAUCCAUCUAAAACAUACUCGACCUCCUUCGAAACGCGAUUCGCAUCACGGCUCUAUUGGUUGUCAAUUUCUCACGCCUAGAGGGCCCUGCGCUGCGUACAAACCAUUGGCUUGCACUUGAAACAGCCUAUUCCUGGGGUCCUGCACCUCACCACUCGCAAUCUUCCAGGCAUCCCAAACGAGCCAAACAGCCGCUGGCCUGAGUCCGGCGUGGCGCGCUACGUAGCUGUUUCCUGCCCGUAAGCCGCAUCCAUUGGGUCCCACACGCAGCCGCCGAACCACCACCCCCAAAGGAUUCGACCCUCGACUUAGCAUCGCAUCUCUACCCGCUCAAGGGGUGUGCGUUCUUAAGUAUCACGCUUUCUGCCGUCGAUACUUCUUCCUCACAGUCAGUCACCGGCUUCACUUCUUCAUCUCCCCUUCUUUCCUCCCUGCCAUCCUAGCGGUGCA